CUACCAAACAAAAACCGGCGCCCGGUUCACCGUCGUCGCCGACUCCUCCGUCCAAGAGGUCGAAUUAAAUCCCUAAACCCAUGGCGGCGCUCGUCCCCUUCUCCACCGGCGCUCGCCGCCUCCUCCUCCGCCGCAUCCUCCUCCUGUCCACAACCCCCGAAGCACUGUCAGAGGAGGCACCGCCCUUCGCCGGCGCUCGCCUCCUGUGCACAUCCCCCGAGGCAGAGACACCGCCGGAGGCGCAUCGGCCGCCGCCGCCGCCCUUCGCGAAGAAGGGGGCGCACCCCGUCGUCGUGGAGAAGGGCGACCCGCAGCAAGGGGCUUGGGCUCGGCUGUACACGCGGCUGUCGACGCUGCCCCCGGACGCGCCGCUCGGAUGCCUGGCGGCGGAGCUUGACCAGUGGCUCCGCGAGAGGCGCCCGCUCUCGGAGCAGCAGCUCUUCUCCUACGUCCGCAAGCUGCGCAGCUACAGGCAUUACAAGCGCGCCCUCGAACUGAUGGACUGGAUGGAAGCUCGCGGAGCAUCCUUGCAGCUUGGGCAUCAUGCUGUGCGGCUCGGCCUUGUAUGCAAAGUGAAUGGACUAGAAGCUGCCGAAGAAUAUUUUUGGAGUCUUCCGGAAAUGUUCAAAUCAAUAAAGACAUAUUCAUCUCUGCUUAACUGCUAUGCGGAACACAGGAAGGCAGACAAAGGCCUAGAACUCUUUGAAAAGAUGAAAGCCAUGAACAUCACUCCGAGUACACUGGUGUACAACAACUUGAUGGACUUGUACCUGAAGACAGACCAGCCUGAGAAAAUCCCCACAACAUUCGAACAAAUGCGAGAAAACCAUGUAAGGACAGAUAGUUUUACAUACUACAUGCUGACACAAAGCUAUAUUAUGGUGAAUGACCUGAAAUCUGCUGAGAAGUUCGUAGAAGAAUUGGAGAAGUCGACUCCAGUUCCCUGGUCCUUGUACACUGUGCUGGCUAACAAUUACAAUAAGCUGGCGCAGUUUGACAAGGCGGUGUUGGCCUUAAAGAAAGCUGAGGAAGUAAUGGACAGGAGUGAGAUAUCUGCUUGGCACAAUCUUCUCUCCCUCUAUGCCAGUUCCGGUAAUUCAUCAGAGGUCAAGAGAGUCUGGGAGUCUCUGAAGUCGGCAUUCACGAAAUGUAUAAACAGAAGCUAUCUAGUAAUGCUUUCAGCUCUGAAAAAGUUAGAUGAUUUUGACUCCUUGCAGCAGCUUUUUCAGGAGUGGGAAUCCACUCAUGAGAGAUAUGACAUGAGGAUAACAAACGUUAUGAUUGAAGCUUACCUUGCUAAGGACAUGACAGAUGAAGCCGAGGCUCUGCGGCAGACAGCCAUGGCCAAGGGCCAUUCCAAUGUCACGACAUUCUACAUAUUUGUCGUGUCCUAUUUGGAGAAAUCUAGGACUAGCGAGGCCCUGGACAUCUGGAGAGACGCAGAGAAGAUGGUGAAGACGCCGAAUUGGGUGCCGCCGAAGGAGCUCGUGACGAGAUUUCUGAAGCAUUUUGAGGAGGCGAAGGACGUGGACGGGAUGGAGGCGUUCUGGGAGCACCUGAAGAAACUGGGGUGCCUUGAUGCAGAAGCUUAUGGCGCGCUGAUCCGGACCUACGCAGCUGCAGGCAGAACAAACACGUCCAUCUCUCGGCGCAUAGAGGAAGACAGGGUUGAGAUUGGACCUGAUAUGGAAGAAUUGCUUAGGGGUGUAUCCGGCAAUUGAGAGGAGGAUAAACCUCAUAACAUGGUAGAGAAUUUCUUUAGAAUUAAGUUGAAACUAUGGUAGUUACUUCAACCUGACGAUGAAUGGAUAGGAAGAAUCAGACCUGAGAGGGGAAAGUGCUUAUGAUCGAUUCAUCCUUGUUGCUCUGGAAGCUGGAGUUUUAUGUUUUGAAUAAUUGAUUACUGUCAUCUCGGCUGAAAACCUGGGUUGGCUUAUGAAAGGUCAAAAUCUGCACGAGUGGCUGUUGCAUUUCUUUUCGGAGCUGUCUGCUCAGCUGCAUCUGUAUCCCUCACAUUUCUGAAGGCUCUAACGUGUAACGUGUUCCUCUGUUCGGGACUCAGAGUCUAAGUCUGAACAUGGGACACAGGCUGAAGCUUUUUGGUCGGCUGACAGACAGCUGGCCUGGAAACCCGAGAUGAUCUCAUAGCCUGAUGGCGUGAAGAACAGUAGUAAUCGAUCUCUCCAUCCAUUUGUAGCGGUGUGGAUUCUGGAUUCUCUGACUCAAGUCACCUGAGUUUGUGAGGCUGAAAUGUGGGUCCCACGGUUGGCUGGCCCACCUGUCAGCCUCACAAAGUCAGGUGACUUAAGUCAAAAAAUACUUGCCACAUUUGUAGGAGUGCACGGAUUUCGAGAUCCAAGUUUGGACCAUUUAUUAGAUCACUUGUACUCCCUCCAUCUCAAAAUAAGUGUAUACAAAUCCACGUCACUUAUUUUGAGAAUCUUAUACAAAUCCACGUCACUUAUUUUGAGACGGUGGGAGUAUCAAAAAUUUAUGUGUCAAAUGUUACCGAA